AAUUUUUAAAACAAGAAAAGCAGGUGACAUUUUAAUAAUAAUUUUUAUCACCAUUGUGUAUUCGAGUUAUCUGUUUACACAGUGAUUUACGUAUAUAAUUAAUUAACUUUCUAAAAUGUCACACAUAACAACCACUUAUAGUCCAAAUACUUCAGAAUCCGAUUUAAAUGAGCUGUCGUUUUCAUUCUUCGACGAUGACGAAGAAGAAGCAGAAGGAGGCGGAGGCGAAGAAAACAGUAGCAAUGAAGAAAUGGGCAUGUUAGGAGAAAAGCAGUCAACUAGCGGUGUGAACAAGCAGCCAACAAACAAUAAUCUGUCUUCAUCAGGAACAUUAUGCACAGCCUCUGUGUCAUUGUUGUCUUCAGCAUCAAAUCCACCUGGACAGUGUAUAGGAGAACAGAAAAGCUGCUCUAUAAGCAGUCAGAUGAAUGAACAGUGUGAUAAACAUAAGAAAUGCGUUAAUUCUGUUAAGAAAAUUGAUCGUCGAAUGGCUAAACAAAUGACUGAGCGGAAACGUCGUGAUCGUAUUAAUGCAUUAUUGAAUAAUCUGAGGACUCUUAUACUGAAAUUAUUACAUAAAAAUCCUCGUCACCACCGAAAGUUAGAGAAAGCUGAUAUUCUAGAAUUAGUUGUAUCAUUUCUAAAAAAAGAAUUAAAUCAAACUCGUGGGAAAAUGUCAUCAGUCAAUCCGCCGACGACUAGUAUUUCACAACAGACCAACACCCCACCAGCAAUCCUAUUAAAAGAAACAAAAUAUCCGGCUCAAAUUGAAUCCUGUACACCACUGAUCUAUCCACAGAGUAGUUCACUGAAUCAUUCAGAAUUAUUUCCAUUAUUGAAUCAACCGAAUAAUUAUCAUUUCGUUAAAAAUAAUAAUACUAAUAAUCAUAAUCAUAAUGUUGCAUCGAAAACAUCUUAUCCGUUUAACGAUUCUUCUAUUCAACAGUAUCCACAUUUGUAUACCUCGAUGUAUCCGUAUCCGUAUAACUUACCUUGUUGUAGGGGGGAACCAUGUCAAUCUUUAGCAGCUUCGCAUUAUUCAACUCCAUUAACCUAUCACCCAGUUAUGCUAAUUUCACCUACUGAAGACUUUGAUGAUAUCAACAAAGAAAAUCGAGUAACAAUGAACAAAAAUCAUAAUUAUUUCAAGAAUACAAAUUAUACUCCAUCUUGUUAUAGUAGUAACGAUACACUUGAUCGAUGUUCAAUAAUACGUCAACCAAUGAACACAUUGAACAACAACAACAACAAUAAUAACAAUAAUGAUUAUUAUUAUCAUGCUAAUAAUCAAGCCUAUUCAUCACAAGUUCAAUUAAAUCAACAAUCCCCAGAGUUAAUGAUGAUGACGAUGACAAAAUUAUAUCCUGAUAUUUUAAACAAUCAUUUACCUGAAGAACAACAAAUAACAAUACAAGGUGAAAAUUGUUACAAGUGUUGUUAUCUAUCGUCUACACUGAAUGUUGACGGCCAGUCUUCUCAAAAUUUUAUUCGAAAUGCGGAAAAUCAUAAUUAUAAUUGUAAUAAUCCAGUGGUAACGCUGAACCAUCGUAGAAUGCAUUCAUCAGCGUCAACAUCAUCAUCAGCAUCAAGCAGUGGUGAAUCAACAAAUCACUUAACAACACUAUGGAGACCAUAUGUUUGAUAUGAUUUGUGAUUUUUAAUAAGUCAUGCAUUUUUGUAUAUUUUUUCCUAAUUUUUCACGAGAGUUGAAGAGAGAAAGAGAGACAGUCCUCAUUCCAACAUAUAUUAUCAAUACAAAAAAACUAUGUCAUUUCUGGUAUUUUAUACAGUC